UGCAAGUGAUAUAUUAUUAUAUAUAUAGAUUUAUAAACAGAUGCAGCAGCGGAUCAAACAGAUGUGAAAGUGUAGUGACAGUGUCUUGGAUUUUCUACGCGCGAGUCCUGUGUGGCUGUAAGGGCAUCAUCACCAUCCACACAGCAGUCACAGGCACAGGCACAGCCACAGCCGCAGCCUCCACCGCGGUCGCAGCAUCUGCAUCUCCACCUGCAGCCCCAAGAACAUUAUUUUGCGCGCGCUGGCGACCUGGUGUAGCUGUUUCUGACUGUAGCUGUAGCUGUAGCCUGUAUCCUGUAUCUGUAUCGUACGCGGUACGCACUCUCCCAGAAGCACAAUGAGCACCAUUGGCAUCGGAAACAACGGGAACGGCAACGGCAGCGUGAGCCUGAUGCAGGAUAUCCAGAACAAGUACUCGUUUCUGGAGAAUCUUUUCAGCAAAUUCUGGAAAUCCAUUAUCAAGUCGAACUCGUCGCUGAAGCUCCAGCUGCGGAACAUCAAGUGGAAGAAUGCGAAGGCCAAGCCCGGCUGUGCCUAUCAGCCGACAGAGAUUGAACAGAUGGCCAACGUGAUUACCCAUGGGAUGUGGAUACUGCCGGCAUUGUUUGCGACCAUCAAGCUGUUCGAGCGCUCCACCAACGCCAGCCAGUAUUUGGUCUCGUGGGUGUACGGUGGUGCUCUGUGCAUGCUCUUCACCAUAUCGACAUUCUUUCACUGCUCCUGCUACUGUGCCGAGCACAAACCACCGAGGAACUACAAGGCCUGGCCCGCGUUCGGCUGGCGCACGUAUCAGGGCCUAAAGAAUGUCCUGCACCGCUGCGAUCGGGCCAUGAUCUAUGUGUUCAUUGCUGGCUCCUACUUUCCCUGGCUGACGCUGGAAAAUACCGACCACUCGGCCAUUCUCUUUUCGAUGGAGUGGGUCAUCUGGCUGAUGGCUGGGGUGGGCAUUGCCUACCAGCAGCUCUUUCACGAGCGCUACAAGUGCUUGGAGACGUUCUUCUAUCUGGUGAUGGGCCUGGGGCCCGCCCUCGUUGUAGUCCUGACUGGCCACCACUUCCACGGCAUGAUACAGCUGAAGUACGGUGGAGCCUUCUACAUACUGGGCAUUGUGUUCUUCAAGUCGGACGGCUUCAUACCCAUGGCCCAUGCCAUCUGGCACCUGUUUGUGGUGCUGGCCGCCGGCUGUCACUAUUAUGCCAUAUUGGUCAACCUCUAUCCCAGCGACAUUAGCAUAAGUGAUUAGUGGUUAGUGGACGCACACACUACACUGCGGAGAGAAACAGCGGCUUUAGACCUUAGAGUACUUAAAAACAGGGAUUCGGGUGCGAUAUUAUAUAUGUACCUAUGUGUAUUCGCGGUGUAUUCGAAGGGUUCUCUCUUUUGUCAGCCAUUUGUAACGUGUUCCUUUGAACGAUGGUACCCCCAAGUCACUGCUGCUCCAUAAUUAGCCAAAUUUUAUGAUGCCAAACCCUGGCGCAUGGAAAUAGCAAUAGUUGUAGCCUAGAAUAACGAAUGACUAAACUAAAAAAACUAAAAUCGAAACGAUUCUUGUGAUCAGUAUCUGCGGUCUUGCCAAAGAUUCAAAUUAUACGUGGCUCAUGUCUCUACUUUUCUCACCCAAUAUAUGUUUAUUUUAUACAUACAAUACAAUAUAUAUUAUAUACUACUUUAUUAUGUAUUAUAUACACUCUUAGCCGUAGCGUACUGUACGAUAUUAGAUAUUGAUAUUCAUAUACAUACAUAUGUAUACAGACAGAUUUAUAUUAUAUACAUACUGUAUAUUGUAUACACAUAUACACCUUAUACAACAAGCUCACGGUUUAGCUAUGUGUUUCUCAAAGACUUCGACCAGACAAAAGGCAAAACUCAGACCCAAAAAUCAAAAAAUCAAAAAACCAAAAACCCAAUUUUUACAAUCGAAUAACAUGAAUUUUCAAACGACCGCCCACCCUCCCCUGCCUUUUGAACACUAGAAGCCCGCCUAGCAUGCAUAACAUAUACAUGUUUAUAUACAGAUAUACAUCAGAUCAGUAUAUAUAUACAUAUAUAUAUAGUACAUAAAUAUACAAAUAUAUAAUUAUAAACUAUUAUAUACGGA